ACUAGUUAGUUUAGCGGCGGAGGAAAGGAAAUGCGCGGGAAAAGUGAGUAAGGCGGCCCAGCUGAGGUGAGGUGCAAGGAAGGUCUGUUUAUGUGUGAGAUCUCCAACCUUCGCCUCUCUGCCCACAAAUCAGGCCACCUUUAUGUUAUUAGACCAGGUGUUGUUGGCAUGACUGGGUUCGAGACUGGGGCCCAUGGCGGCACGCGGUGAGGGGACCGCCGGGGGCUUACACUCCAGAGGCUCACCAGCCAACACACCACACUCCGCACCACACUCCAGAAACAGGAGCCAGGCGGGGGUGUCAGGGCUGGAGGGUGUUGAGGGGUUCACAGGUCCUUUGCCGCUGAGGAAACGAAAGUUCAGCCUCACCACAGAGCCAGCCGUGGCGCGCAAACGUACCACCACCACCACCGCCACCACCACCACUACCACCACCGCUGCCGCCGCAAGUGGAGCCUGUGGUGUCGACUAUCGCUACCACCGCCACCACAAUCACUGCCAGGCGGAGAGCAGUGCCACCCAGCCGCCGCCAGCCACACCAGCACCACCACCACCUGACUCAGCCGUGCCAGCCAAGCGCCGCCGCCUCACUGCCGCUGCCGCCGCUGCAGCCGCCGCCGCCGCCGCAGCCGCCGCCGACCUCAGGGUUAACGAGGUGCGAGAUUGCAGCGACUGUAAGUUGGAGCCCACGCACUCCAAACGACAGCGCAGGAAUAGCUACUUGGAAACAAACAGAGGCCAGCCCACAAACAGCCUGGCCGCCAACGCACCACACCACACACCCACACGCUCCCAGGAUCCAGAAAAGUCUCCCAGUGGAGGAAUUCUCAAGUCAUACCCGCUGCGGAAUAGACUCCGCCUCACCGACGGGGGUGGAGGAGGAGGAGGAGGAGGUGGAGGAGGCGGAGGAGGAGGAGGAGGCGGAGGAGGAGGAGGAGGUGGAGGAGGAGGUGGAGGAGGAAGUCAUCAGAUCGCUUCACCACUCCUGGAUCACGGACAGUCCCCGUCAGCGCCGCCGCCGCCGCUGUCCCCCCCUAGUGUGGCGUUCCUAGCCGACACCUUCCGGCGGCUGCGAGAGUCCCGCCGCCCCCCGCCAGAGCAGCCCCGCCCCGCCAGCCCCAGCCCGCCCCCACACCACCUCCCCACCACCACCACAACCACCACCACCACCCGGAGAGGUUCCACCCAGGCCAGGGAGAGCAGGCAGAGUGUGGGGAGCUGGAAGAGGACACACGGAGCCAAGAAGUCUCCGCUUUCAUCCAAACGGAACAGUCGCACCAAAUCCAACACAACGGGGUCCUGUGCGAGCAGCAGCCAGCACUCUAACCGAGGCUGUGCCAAGGUGGGUCUGGGGGGCAGCACCUCCGUCGGGGGCAUGUCGGGGCCACACGGGGCGGGGCACGGGGCGCAGGACACCCCCACCACCUCCGGCCCCCUCCGCCACCCCCACAGCACCACAGCCUCCCCCGUUGCUGUGCCACCCCGGCCCCCCUCGCUGGGAGCCUCCGCCCUCCACACCACCCCCUCCACCUCCACCACCGCCGGCCUCCUCCCCUCCACCACACUCUCGACACUUGGAGCGAUGGGGGGCAGCAGCAGCGGAGCGAGUGGCGGGGGAUUGAGUGGGGGCAUUACGGGUCUCGUGGGCGCCCCAACAGACAGUGAAAGUGAGGAGAAUGAGAUGGGGCGUUUGGAGACUCUGCUAGCUUCCAGGGGCCUGCCUCCCAGUCUGUUUGGGGCAUUGGGGCCACGAAUGCAACAUAUCCUCCAUAGAUCUGUGUCCUCCUCUAUCAGCUCUAAGGCCCAGCAGUUACUGAUAGGUCUCCAAGCCAGUGGUGAGGAGAGCGAGCAGCUGCAGGCGGUGAUAGAGAUGUGCCAGCUGCUUGUGAUGGGCAAUGAGGACACACUGGCUGGCUUCCCCAUCAAACAGGUCACCCCAGCACUCAUUAAUCUGCUCAGGAUGGAACACAACUUCGAUAUGAUGAAUCACGCCUGCCGCGCCCUCACCUACAUGAUGGAAGCUUUACCGCGGUCAUCAGCUGUGGUCGUGGAUGCAAUUCCGGUCUUUCUAGAGAAGCUACAGGCUAUUCAGUGCAUGGAUGUCGCCGAGCAGUCUCUCACAGCGCUGGAUAUGCUGUCUAGGAAGCAUUCAAAGGCCAUACUGCAGGCUAAUGGUGUGGCAGCGUGUCUGAUGUACAUUGACUUCUUCUCAACGGGAGCCCAGCGAGCCGCCCUCAGCAUCACUGCCAACUGCUGCCAGAACCUUACUGCUGAUGAGUUUAGAUUUGUGGCUGACUCCCUCCAGCUCCUCUCCUCCAGGCUCACGUCUCAGGGUGACAAGAAGUGUGUGGAGAGUGUGUGUCUGGCAUACAGCAGGCUGGUGGACUGUUUCCAGAACGACCCCAACAGACUGAGGGAGAUUGCCGGCCACAGCUUGCUUUCCAACACACAGCAGCUGCUGGUGAUGUCCCCCCCGGUACUGAGCAGUGGAACUUUCAUCAUGGUGGUGCGAAUGCUGUCUCUGAUGUGCAGCAACUGUCCACACCUUGCCGUCGAACUCCUCAGAAACAACAUUGCACACACCCUUUGCUACCUCCUCACCAACGCUACAGAGCCACCGGGGGAGCAGGUUGAGCUAGUGUCCCGCAGUCCCCAGGAGCUGUAUGAAAUAACGUGUUUAAUUGGGGAGCUGAUGCCGACUCUGCCCAGCGACGGAAUAUUUGCCAUUGACACAGCCCUCCAGCGGCCCCCCGGCACCACCCAGGACGCCGUCACCUGGCAGUGGCAGAUGGAUCGCGCCACCUGGCUCAAUUAUUCACCCAGUGACUCGCGCAUCAUUGAGCACUCACACCAGUCAGGAGAGGACGAGGUGAGCCUGUGUGUGGCUGGGUCCUCCUACACCAUCGAUUUCCACUCCAUGCAACAGAUUGACGACAGUUCGGGCACCAUGAGGGCUGUGCAGCGCCGCCUUGUGCCCCCCAACCUCACUGGCAGUGUUGUCCUUGCCAGCACACAGGCCAUAGACGCCCGAGCCCAGUGCCUGCAGGAGGACUCAGAGCUGGCAUCUACACUGAUAAGGUCCUUGUUCAGCCUUCUCUAUGAGGUGUACAGCUCCUCGGCAGGCCCUGCUGUGCGCUAUAAGUGUCUAACGCUGUUAAGGAUGGUGCAGUUCUCCAGCCCAGAUCUACUGAAGCAGGUCCUUAAGAGUCAGAGCGUCUCGUCACACCUAGCCACGAUGCUCUCCUCUCUGGACCUGAAAAUCAUUGUGGGUGCUGUGCAAAUGUCCGAGAUUUUAAUGGCAAAACUACCAGAAAUAUUUGCUGUUUAUUUCCGACGAGAGGGCGUGAUGCACCAGAUUAAGCGUCUGUGUGACCCUGAGGCAACCCUUGGAGUCCCUGCCGCGCGUUGGAGCAGCCCUGAGCUCUCCAUAGCGGCAGGGAGAGGUGGGAGUUUGACAGGGAGUCCAUUCAGUGGCAGGGCUUUCAAUGGGAACUGUCUAGAGAACCCUGCAUUGAGUUUACAGGGUUCCCAGGAGGAGGAGAGAGGCAACAGUCCCUCCCAGAUGCGUCUGUACGAUGUACUGAAGAGGAGAAGGACGGCUCGGAUCAGGACAGGCCCCUGGAGAAAGAGCCGGCAGGAGGAAGGUGGUGGUGGUGGUGGAGGUACUGGUGGUGGUGGUACAGCCUCCGCCAGCCCCUCUUCCUCCGCCUCCUCCUCCUUCUCCGAGUUCUUCAUGAAAAAUGCAGGGCUGGGCGGGGGCAGGGACACUUGGAGGGGCAUGACUGGCCGCAGCAAAUUGGUGUCCACAUCCUCCCUCACCACACACCACACCACCACCACCACAACCACCACCACCACCACUCCACCCACCGCCACCACCACCACCACUGCCGGCGGUGGUGGGGGUGGCGGAGGAAAGGCUUCAUUUUUGGCCAAUUUAAACCCCUCGCGGUGGGGACGCUGCAAUUCUGCCGCCGCCGCUGCUGCCGCUGCCGCUGCUGCAGCCCACGAUUCGCCCACUGCGGCUAAGGACAAGAUAACAAACAACAUUGGUGGCAGCAGUAGCAGCAGCAGCAGCACGAGUAGCAGCAGCAGCAGUAGCAGUGGUGGCGGGGGGGGUGGCAGUGGCGGUCCGAGCAGCAGCAGCAGUGGCGGGGGCGGCGGCGGCGGCCACAAUAACAAGGAGAUGAUUCGAGUGUGGAUAAGAGAACAGGCUCAGCGAUUGAACCAGCAGUACUUCACCACAGAGCUCCAGGGCCCAGCUCACCCCGCCCUCAGUGUGCUCAACAGGCUCAUCGCUGCCACACACCAGCUGGAGCAGGAGCCUGGCCAAGCUGUGGAAGCUCUGCGAGAAGUGAGCACCAUUGUGACGGAGAGUGACAUCAGCCCCUUCGAAGUCAUUCAUUCUGGUCUCGUCCGCUGCCUACUUUCAUACCUCACAGCCCCGGACUCCCAAGACGGGGCGCACCUCGGGGCCUCAGGGGGCGGGGCGGAGAAUGGCGGGGCAGGCGGGGCAAGCUGUGUGUCCGCCACCCCAAGAACGACUAGGCUGCGGAAUUUUCUACACGUCUUCCUGGGCUGUCCUCUGAGUGCGUUGAGUGUGGGCGGCAUUGACACGGGCCACAUCGCACUGUUUAGCGGGCUGGUCACCAAAUUGAACGGAUGUGUCAAUCAGCUGGAGCAAUUUCCAGUGAAGGUCCACGACUUGCCGGGGACAGCCUUGCCGGGGGCUGGCCGGGGCACCUCCACCUCUGCUAUCAAAUUCUUCAAUACACACCAGCUCAAGUGCAACCUCCAACGUCACCCGGACUGUUCUCGGCUGCGGCAGUGGAGGGGGGGGCCAGUCAAGGUGGACCCCCUGGCGCUGGUGCAGGCUGUGGAACGUUACCUGGUGAUUCGAGGCUACGGCAGACUCAGGGAUGAUGACGAUGAUAACUCCGAUGAAGACAACUCGGAUGAGGAUAUUGAUGACACUCUGGCGGCUGUGUCAGUGAACCAGAGUGCGUCAAGCCACAAGCUACAGUUCGUGAUGGGUGAAUCUGUUCUCCCCUACAACAUGACGGUGUACCAAGCCAUCAGACAGUACUCAACACCACCCGACGCCGCCGCCGCAGACCACGACACCGACUCGGAAACACCAGUGUCACAUUCGGCGAUCUGGCUGCAGACACACACCAUUUAUUACAGGCCGGUACAAGAGGAGGAGCAGCCGAGACAGUCUGGCGGUAGAAAGGGCAAGGCUGGGACCUCUAAAACCAGCCCUAAGAAGAAGACUGGGGCUCUGGUGUCUGAAGGCAGCAUUGUGGGUAAUAGCAGCAGCAGCAUCUUAGAGCACCAUCUGAGCCCAGCCCUUCCUGCGAGUGUGACAGUUGGCGACCCUAGUCUGGAAGUCCUGGCCCUCCUGCGCAUCCUACACUCCCUCAACCGGCACUAUGGCACCCUCUACCCCCCAGCCAGGUACCCACCCCCCCUCCCCACCGCAGAGUUCACCAAUCUCAAGUUAACAGCAAAAGCGAAUCGCCAACUGCAAGAUCCACUGGUGAUCAUGACUGGCAAUGUCCCCUCUUGGCUGCCACAGAUUGCUUAUGCCUGUCCGUUCUUGUUCCCCUUUGAGACGCGACAGCUGCUGUUCUACGCGGUGUCCUUCGACCGUGACCGAGCCCUUCAGCGCCUCCUGGACUCCUCCCCUGAGCUGAGCGGCGUGGACAGCAGUGAGCGCGUCACACCCAGACUGGAGAAACGUAAAAGAACCGUCUCGCGCGAUGACAUUUUACGUCAAGCUGAGGCCGUCAUGGAGGAGCUGGCGUCGUCCCGGGCCGUCUUAGAGAUCCAGUAUGACAACGAGGUCGGGACGGGACUCGGACCGACCUUAGAAUUCUACGCCUUAGUCUCCAGGGAGCUCCAGAAGGCCGAACUUGAAUUGUGGCGAGGAAUACCGUAUCCGGAGGGAGCGAUGGGGCCAGGGGUGCCGUCCAAGGUGGUGCACUACAUGGACGCCAGUGCCGGCCUGUACCCCAUGCCAGUGCCACGCAACAUGAAGAACACCCACAUGGCCAAGCUCAGGUCAAAGUUCAAGUUUCUCGGCAAAUUCAUGGCCAAGGCUGUCAUGGAUUCCAGGAUGCUGGACCUGGGUCUGCACGAGUGUGUGUACAAGUGGCUGGUGAGUGAGGAGUGGUCUCUGGGACUUGGUGAUGUGGCAGCGCUGGACCCGGCCCUGGGACACACCCUGGGCCGCCUUCACUCCACUGUGCUGCAGAAGAGGCGACUCAUGGCCCAGGCUGAGGCAGAGGCCAUGCCCAACGCUGAGCUGCAGGCCCGCUUGGAGGCCCUGACAGUGGAUGGGUGUAGUGUGGAGGACCUUGCUCUGAGCUACACCCUGCCUGGCUACCCCAACAUUGAAUUCAGAAAAGGAGGAACAGAAAUUCCUGUCACCAUUCAUAAUCUGGACCAGUAUGUGCAGCUGGUGACGGAGUGGCUGGUGCGCGAGGGGGUGAGGCGCCAGAUGGAGGCUCUGCGCGAGGGUUUCGAGAGUAUCUUCCUGGCACAGCUCCAUGUUUUCUACCCCGAGGAACUGGAGCAGCUGUUCUGUGGGUCCUCUGAUGCUGCACAGUGGGACAUGAAACAGCUGGCCGAGUGCUGCAGGCCAGACCACGGUUACUCCCACAAUUCCAGGGCUGUGAAGUUUCUCCUGGAGGUUCUGGCAGAGUAUACAGCCAGUCAGCAGAGGUCGUUCCUGCAGUUCGUUACUGGUUCACCAAGAUUGCCUGUUGGAGGUUUCCGCAGCCUCACACCACCUCUAACUAUUGUGCGGAAGACUUUUGAAGCCGGAGAGAACCCAGACGAUUUCCUGCCCUCCGUCAUGACCUGUGUGAAUUAUUUGAAGCUUCCCGAUUACUCCAGCUUAGAAGUGAUGAAGAAUAAGCUUGAGUUGGCAGCCAGGGAAGGACAACACAGCUUCCACUUAUCCUAGGCUGUCUGUGUGGCUGUGUCUGUGUGUGUGUGUGUGUGUGUGUGUGUAAAGGUGGUUUUGUUGUGUUUUUGUGUUUUUGGGUGUUGUGUGUGUGUUUGUGUUUUUUUUUUUUGCUUGCUC